AUGUCAAUACCCUUCACCCUUAUUGAUGCAACCCCUGACUCAUACUCAAGGUUCAUAGAUCAACUGCGAGCUCGACUCACAUUCGGCACCACAUCUCAGGGUAUACGGGUGCUGCCUCCAAGUCGACAAGUCGGGAACAACGCCCGGUUUAUUUAUGUUGAUCUCACCAACUAUGACGGAGUCACUGUCACAAUCGGAAUUGAUGUUGUGAACGCUUACGUGAUGGGUUACGAGCAAGGUGAGCAAAACUACCCUCUUCAAACUCUUCCUGAUGACCCAGCUCCAGUCGAACUGUUAUUCCCCAACACCAGGUCAGCUGGUGAACUGCCCUUCACAGGCCACUACGCCUCGCUUGGGGAAUAUGCACGACGUAUGCAGAAUGAACAACCUAAUCGUCGUGACCAACAAGCACUUAACCGACUGAGUAAUCCUAUGCGUCAGAAUAUCGGUCUGGGACCCAGCUCCCUUCAUAGCGCCAUUGACAUGUUGGAGCGCGCAGCAACGCCCCUCUCCCAAGCGGGUGCGAUACUUGUGAUCAUUCAAAUGGUCUCGGAAGCAGCAAGGUACCCAUACAUUGAGAGGCAAGUCCGCGAGUCCAUUCAGACGGGAAAUUCAUUUCUACCUGACCCUCGUAUGCUGAGCCUGGAGAAUAAUUGGAGCAAUCUCUCCCGACAGAUCAUGGGGGCAACUCGCGCAGGUCGAGAAAGCUUCAGUACUUCUGUUUCGUUGGACGAUGCCUACCAAAGUCAUGGUGCUCCUCCCCUCGUAGUAAACAGUGUUCGAGAUUCAUUCAUUCAGGACAUGGAAAUCGCGUUGCUGCUCCAUGACCGAGGUGACGACCGAGGUACCGACCAAGGUAAUGACCCAGAGAAUUGCACCCCUGGACCUUCAGGUUCAGGGAUAGGGAGACGGGGAGGGAAAAAGCCUCGUCGUCAGCACGAGUAA